UGAGAGACAGGGAGGCAGUGGCGGCGGGCAACAAGGCCUAGGCGGCGAGGAUCCUGGGGCAGUCACGACGAGGCGGCAGCGCAGGAUCGGAUCCAGCACGGCGAGGACCACAGGCUAGGCGGCCUUUGGCCGGCAACUUUUAAAUUUAAUUGUUAAUUUUAAUUAGCGCGGGGGUAGGUGGGGCACGACCCAACCAUCAAUCCUUGCCACGUGCAGGGCAAUUAGGCUACCCUCCAGGAUAAUUGGGUGCCGGGUGGGGGUAUUGAUUAAGCAGGCGGGCUCCUUCACAACGCUUUGUAAUCACGUCGUUUUGCAAGCGGGGCCCCCUAUCUCCCUCUAGUAUGCCUAAGAAAGGACAAGGGGGGCCAAAAGGGAAGGGAAAGGCCCCCAGAGCAGGGGGGAGAUGCCCACCCCCAGCGGCGGAGGGGGCAAGGAGUGGGGAGGGGCCACCAUGGGCGGCCAUAUUAGCCAGGUUGGAAGCCCUAGAACAUGGCUCAAGCCACCCUAAUGCACCCCGGGACCAACCUGUGACAGGGAAGAAGAAAGACCCACCACCCAAACGGUCUCGGGGGAAAACACAGCGGCCAGUGAACAGUGCUGAUGCAGGGGCUGUUGCUUCCAUCUUAGCGCGACUGGAUGUGCUGGAGGCCGGGCUCAGGGCUGAGGCGAGGACGCCCAGCAUAGAGCCAGGCGCAACUCCCACCCUGCAAGCAGCCCCAACAAUGCAGCCCGCACAAGGACCUUCGGCGGAAAGCACACAGGAUCGCUGGACAAGAUCGGAGCAGCCACGCAUCCUCCUAUGUGGCCACAGUAUGAUGUUCUGGGCAGGCCGCAGGGCGGCGAAGUCUCGCUUCGGCACGCAGCUGGGGCUCAGUCAAUGGGCCGCAGUGCGGUGGCUGGGACGUCGGGGGAUGCGUUGGGAUGGGCUCCUGCCAGCCUUGUUUCAACCGGCUGUGGAAGUGGCAGCGCCCCAGGUGCUGGUGAUCCACCUCGGGGGCAACGACUUGGGUCUGUUAAAGGGCAAGGCCCUAAUUGAACAGGCAUGCGGUGACCUCCGGGCCAUUGCACGUCGCUGGCCGGGGGUGCACUUAGUGUGGUCAGACAUCCUGCCGCGCAGGAGGUGGAAUUGUGCCGGUGACCCACGAGGGAUGGACAGGGCACGGAAAAAGGUGAACAGGCAAAUUCAGAGGGCCCUUAGGGACUUAGGAGGUUCUGUCAUCCACCACCCAGAGGUGGGCCACAACAAGCUUGAGCUGUUUCGGCCUGACGGCGUCCAUUUGACGGACAAGGGCAACGACAUCUUUCUAAGGGACCUGCAGAAGGGUUUACACCAGAUUCUUAUCGGGUGUGGGGUAAAGGGGGACUAAGCAGAGGCUUGUCCCCCUUCUGUGGCGAAGAAGUGCGGGGAAAGGUUAAAGGGAAAGGGCAGCUAGGUGACACCUUUAGGCACCUUUGGGGGUGACAGGCGGUCCGGAGGCCUGCAGCUCAGGGCUACACGGCCCGGGGACAGGGUACGGGCCGCCUUUGGGGCCAACGUGCCUCAUCCGCUCAGAGUUUCAGGGCUCCGAGGGGCGGUGAUGCGGGUUGGACCCCCUACACAUCUUCAGGGUGUGGCUGGAGCUGGGGGGCUGGCACAGGGCAGCCCCAGGCUCAGGCAGGGCAUGAUCGCCCGAUAGCUGCUAACAGGCUUUGCCUGGAUCUCCAGAACGCCCCGCCCUUAAUCUCCCUUCUGCAGGUUCAUUAUUCAAUUGAUUCUGUUUAAAUAAAGUGGCCCAUCAUUUACCCAAGCAAUGGUGUCUGUGUUUUAUUUCGGCAAUAGGCCGCAAUCCCGUUCCGUGCCUGGGACCUACCGGGCAGAGGGACGAGCUUGCGGCCGCUGUCGAUGUCCCGGCCGCCAUCUUGGAUGGGAUGCGUGCACACACGGCGCGCUGGCGCGCCGUCGUGUGACGCGGCAGGGAGGCGGGGCGGCUGAAGGCUAUUUAAGGCCGCCCCGCCUGCUUCCCGCCAUCCAGUUCAAAUUUCGGCGGCACCCGCCCGACCCUCCCUCUGCUGCAGUGUGAUCCAUUUGGUCGCUACGGGGCCGACUAGGAAUUUUUGGCCUGCCUGCCUCGCUUUGCUGGCAGGUUUCUUUUGCCUACUCCACACUGUGGUUGGGGGGAGGGGUCAAGGGUUAGCACGGGUG